UUUUAUAAAACUGUUUAAUAUUGUACCGUUUAUUGGGACGUUGUAGGGUUAAUAGCAACUAUUGCGACAUUUCUUUAACCCCUUUUUGACAUUGCAGGGAUGUCAUUCUCUAUUGUGAUUCACAAUAUGGGUUCAUGGGUAAAUGAACCACAAUUGUAUUAUAAGGGGGGCGAGGUGCAUGUAAUUCAUGGAUUGGAUGUUAGUAAAUGGUCAUAUUUUGAAGCUAUGAGGGUACUAACAGAACUAGGCUAUAAGGGAGAUGGUGAUAUGAAAAUGUGGUGGAAAGGGCAGGGAACUGAUUUUGAUAGUUUAAGAGAUUUUGUGUUGGAUCAAGAUGCUAUGGACUUGGCCAAUUAUGCUCUAACUCACAACUGUGAAGUUGAGAUAUAUGUUCAACAUGGGGUGGGUGUUCUAGUUGAAAAUGACAGUAUAUGUAAGAUGAUAGUUAAUGGGGAGCAAUGCCAUAAUGGUAGUUUGGAGCAAUGUGGUAAUGUUCAAGAAUCUGGUAAUUUGAACCAACUUGGUAAUGUUAAGCAAUCUGGUAAUGUGGACCAAUCUUCUGGUGGCGAAGAUUUGGAGAAGUCAAAUUUCAAUGCCAGUGCAGAAGAAAGGGACUUAGGCAUGGAAGAUGGGUUUGAUCUUCCUGAGGUUGGACAUGUUAAGGCCACAUUGAAUAAGAAGGUGGAUAAAAUGAAGAACAAAGUUGAGGGGGUCACAAGGGGAUAUGGUACACGACAGAGAAAGAAUAAAGAUAUUGCAAGGAGGGAUAAUGAUCAUAAAGUAAAUGUGCCUGAUGAUGCUGACUCAUUGUAUAAGAUGGAAAGUUCUUACUAUAGUGACGAGUUGGAUAGUGAUAUUGGUCAGGAUGAUGACAUUGAAAGUCAUGCAACGAAACAUGUCACGUUUAAGAAGGAGGAUAUGCGUAACUUCAUUAAGCAGAGUUUACUACUCAGCGAAUAUUCAAUACAGAUUGGUUCUCAUAAUGAAAGGCCAAUGCAUAAGUCUGAUGAUGAAGUUUCUUUUGGCUCUGAAAUAAUAAAUUUUAACCAGCCAGAAUCUAUUGAUCUGCUGGAAAUACAUGGUUCACAUUAUGGAGAAUCUCGGACUGUCCAUCAUGAAACGAUGGCGGGUAUGAUUUACAGGAGCAUAAGGGUUGUGCUUUUGUCUAGCAAACUCAACUUGCUUAUGCCUUUUGGGCCUCUUGCAAUUCUUGUGCAGAUAUUGACUGGUCAUCAUGGUUGGAUCUUUGGUCUAAGUUUGUUGGGAAUAAUGCCUAUGGCAGAGCGGUUAGAUUAUGUAACCAAGAAGCUGACACUUUACACUGGCCAUACAGUUGGGGUAGGGGGUAUUUUAAAUGCUUCAUUUGGAAAUGCAACGGAAUUGAUCAUCUCACUAUGUGCACUGAAAAGUGGAAUGAUACGGGCUGUCCAGCUAUCUUUGCUGGGUUCAAUUUUCUUCAAUAUGUUGCUGGUGCUUGGAUGUGCAUUCUUCAGAGGGGGGAUUGUUUCUAAUAAGAAGGAACAAGUGUUUAACAAGGAAAUUGCUUCUGUAAACUCAGGAUUAUUGCUGAUGGCAGUUAUGGGCAUACUUCUUCCUGCUGCUCUACACUACACACAGGCUGAGGUCCAUGUUGGGGAGUCAGAGUUGUCACUUUCAAGAUUCAGCAGCUGCAUCAUGCUUGUGGCCUACGUUGCAUGCCUAUUUUUCCAGUUUAAAAGUCAAAGAAGUCUCUAUGUCCCUGUGAACGAGGGAGCAUCUACUGCAUGGGGAAUUCCAGUAGCAUUUAUUAGUGUCAUAUUGCUUCCACUAGUGGGGAAUGUCAGUGAUAUAAUAUUUUCCAUGGAAGAUAAACUCGACAUUUCCUUAGGAGUAGCAAUUGGGUCAUCCACACAGAUAUCUAUGUUUGUGAUUCCAUUUUGUGUUGUUAUUGGUUGGAUGAUGGGGCAACCUAUGGACUUAAACUUUCACCUUUUUGAGACUGCAGCACUAUUUCUCACUGUUAUAGUCGUAGCCAUCAUGUUACAGGAAGGAACUGCCAAUUACUUCAAAGGACUACUGCUUAUUCUUUGCUAUCUGAUAGUGGCUGCCAGUUUUUAUGUACAUUUAGAUUCCUCUCAAUAAGUUAGAUUUGUACUAAUGAAUUGACUUUCGUUUUACAUGAACGUUCUCUUGUACAUAUAGUUUUCUGAAAUGAGGUUGUGAAGAUUCUGUUGUUCCCCUGAUGCAAAUCAAAGAAAUUAAUUUGUUUCA